CAACCGGAUGCUUCAUAUUUAUACAUCCGGUGAAACAUCUAGGAGGGGUGCUAUCAUUGAGUUAUAGAUGGGAUGUUUCCAUCAUGGCGGCAUCCAUUUCGGGAUAUACUUUUAGUUCUGUGUGUUAUCACAGCGCUAACAGCAACUCUGAUCAUGAGGGAUUCCUUUUAGGAGAAGUUAGGCAUGAAGAAACUGUCAGCAUCAGUGAUACACAGAUCAGCAGUUCUGAACUACUCCAAGUAGUAGAAGUCCACAAUCAUGAACCUUGUGCACAGCUAUUUAGCUUUUAUGAUUAUGCUGGACAAGUCAAUGAAGAGAGUCUUAACAGAAUUCUUAAAGACAGACGGAAAAAUGUCAUCGGCUGGUACAGGUUCAGGAGGAACACGCAGCAGCAGAUGUCGUUCAGGGAACAGAUCAUCCAUAAGCAGCUGACCCAGCUGCUAGGAGUGCCUGACCUAGUCUUCCUCCUCUUUAGCUUCAUCUCCACAGCCAACAACUCCACACACGCCCUGGAGUAUGUGCUGUUCAGACCCAACCGCAGCAGGUACAACCAGAGGGUGACCCUCAGCAUCCCAAACCUGGGCAACACCAGCCAGCAGGAAUACAAGGUCUCCUCUGUCCCCAACACCUCACUCAACUACGCCAAGGUCAUCAAAGAGCAUGGGGCUGAAUUUUUUGACAAAGAUGGUGUGAUGAAGGAUAUCAGAACAAUUUUUCAAGUCUACGGUGCACUACAAGAUAAAGUGCAAUCUGUAUGUGGAGAGGUUGAGCAGAGUGAACGUGUGAAAGAGAAAGUCCAGGAGGAGGUGAACAAACUCAAACAGCAAAUUGUUCUCAGGAAACGAAAAACCACAGAUGAAGAGAGAAGACUCCAGGAAGCGCAGAACCCUGAGCCACGUCUCACUCCUGAGGAGAACACAGAGCCCCCGGAGACCUCCCUCCUGUCCAGAGUGGCCUUCCACACCCCAUCCACCCCCGAGCGGCCAGGUCCCUCCGCAAACCCUCCUGCCUACGCAGACCUCCUCUCCUUGCAGAAUGACUCACUUCUCCCCUUCUCAUCCUCCCCUACCAGUGCUGCGCUGCUCCCCCGGCCCCAGGCUGUGGGCUCCCCAGGCCACCCUUCUCCCAGCCCAUUAGGUCUGGGUCUCAGUGCUGGCCCCAACCCUGCUCCUAGCCCUGGUACACCAUACCUGGGAAACGGGGACGGAUCCAGCUCUGACUCCCUGGACAGACAGGCCGCAGGGCAAGAGGAUGAUGAGGAGGAUGAUGAUGAUGACAGCAGCGAGUACGAGAACCUUGUGAGCGAGGUGGGGCAGUUGCCCCCAGUUUCUGCCAGUGUGUUGCUGCAGGGCCGCCCAGCCGCCCUCAGUCCGGACGGCGACGCCUCAGUCCGUGGUUCACAGACCUAGUAGAUGGGGAUGUGGGGGGGCUCAAUUAACUGACGCACCGAGAUAGGAGGGCGUCCAAACCAAUCAAAGAUAAUUAUUCUAUAUUAGAGGAAGUGCCAGCCCUGAAAAUAAAAGGCAUGCGCAGGUGGGGUAUUCUGCUGUGUAUAUCUGUUUGUCUUAGUUUUAUCUCUUCUGGGGGGAGUAUCAAGCUUCAUGGGGUUUUACUUUUCUGUCUAGCAUGGAAAAGCUAGUCCGUUGGAGCCUGGCUCUCUUCAGUGGAUGUGUUUUGAUUUAGGGACGGAGGACGUUAUAAUGGAAUAAACGCCAACCGGUUUGUCCGACCUCUCCGUAUGGAUAGACCCACUCCGCUUUUCCUGGAUCAUGCUGCGUCACAUCUGCAUCACCAACUUUAAGCAUCCAAUUGUACCAUUACCUCUUGCACUAUUUUUGCUUUCUUUUAACAAUUUAAGAAAAGCAAAAGGAAAAUGUUCUGCGGCCUUCAAAACCUUUUCUUUUUUUUUGUGAGACGGGUGAGAUUUUUUUUCAAUAUUUUUGGGGUGGUGAUUUGCUUAUUACAAAAAAGAAGAGAUGGUGGUGACUGCCAAAGUAAUAGAAACACUUGAGAAAGUAUAUUCAAAGCAGGUGCUUCCAAACACAGGUGGGGAACCUGAGUGGCCUGCCAAGCAUUAUCAUCCCAUCAUGCCUAUGGGCAUGUAUAAAAAUGCUUGGCAGGCCAUUAUUUUGGCUACUAUGGCUAUGCCACCAACCACAGGGCAUGAGUUGUUACUGAAUGGUUUGAUGAGCAUGAAAACAAUGUAAACCAUAUUCAAUGCUGUCUGUCACCAGACCUCAUCCCAAUUGAACGCUUAUGGGAAAUUCUGGAGCGGUGCCUGAGACAGCAUUUUUCACCACCAUCCAUGUCGCAUCCCUCCCAAGUUCCAGACACUUGUAGAAUCUAUGCCAAGGUGCAUUGAAGCUGUUCUGGCCCCAACGCCCUAUUAAGUCACUUUAUGUUGGUGUUUCCUUUUAUUGUCAGUUAUGUAUGUAAACUAUCAUUUCGGUAGCCUGCACGGUUCUAGACACUCAACUUUGAACUGUCAUUAGGAUUUAAUUUCCUUUUAACAUCAAUGUAUUUUUAUGAAUCAUGCGGUUGCCUAUUUAGAUGACGAAGAAUAGUUUUUAUUCAAAGUUUUCCUUUGCCACUACUAUAAUGGGUGCUUAUAUUAUUUUUAUGACAACUUUAAUGUUACUCUCUCAUUCUUCUAUAAUAACACUGAAACUGUAUGCGCUUUGCUGCACUUAACAAAUGUAGUUGAUUUAUUUUAUUGUGCUUUACCAAUGCAGUUCAGUUGUGCUACUUGAGUAGUAUGCUUUGACCACCUGAGCAGAGCUAGCUCAGCUUUUGCGCAUUGUAUGGGGUCGACAGGGCGAAAACACAACUUACUGUAGCUUUACUAACCAGACAACUCUGCUGCAUCAGAGCUAGCAGUAAACAAGAAACUGCUUCUACAUAGACCUGUCUGCUUCUUCCACCUGUUGUCCUUGCACUGCUGG